AUGUUUAAGUGGGUUACGCCGGCCUCAGCGGCGACAUUGUCCCGCACAACAACAGCAGCAGCGUCAACCAGAACAGCGUCAACCGCAACUACAAGAACAACAAGACCACAACUACUUUCCAUCGCUUUAACAAGUUUAAUAAUAAUAGUCGCAUCGUCUGUGCCGACAACAAGUGGAUUUAGAUCAAUUGAAACGAAUGGCGGCGCUGGACGCAAACUGUUUGGCGGCUACCGCAUCACCCCCAAGCACUGCCGGGCCACGAAGACGCUGCCCAGCUCCGAUCCCCGCGCGAAUGGCCACACAAUCUGCAUGUUCAAUCACGAGUGCGCCCAACGGGGCGGCGAGGUGGUGGGUGCCUGCAUGGAUGGCUUCCUGUUCGGGGCCUGCUGCCAGAUCCCACCCACUCACGAGCUGGCCAGCACUCUGAUCAAUGAGGCACAGAACGCCUACCUCCAGCAGCACCAACAGCAGCAGCAGCACCAGCACCAGAAGUUGCAGCAGGCGGCGGAGUCCUCCUACGAGCAGCACCAGCAGACGCUGAACAGAGCUGAGCAGACGGCGCCGCAGCCCCCUCAGAAUAUCUACGAUCAACAGAACCUGAACAAGGUCUACCAGCAGUUGAGCAGCAUCAGCGCCAGUCCCAGCAGCAGCAGCAGCAGCCCUCCCAGCAACAACUACAGCGUGGAGCAGGAGCAGGAGCCGGAACCGGAACCGGAGCCCCAGCCAGAGCCAAAGCCCGAGCACCCCAAGAACGAGCUUGUGUAUGGCAGCAGCACCUCCACAGAGGUAUCCACACAGUCGCAGUCAUCGUCCUCUAGCAUUGAGUUCGAGCAGGAGCCACCUGCUCAGCAGUCGGCCAACGAGGUGAUCAUUCAAACUGAUCUCAAUGUGCAGAAGGUUCAGCAACAGCAGCAGCAGCAGCAGCAGACCAUUCUGCCACCCACUGUCCAUGUGCACAAGCACUCGGUGACCAUUAACUCGCCCUCGUCGCCGCCGCAAAACGAUGACUUUGUGAUGCAGGUACUCAGCACCUUGCCCCCGGAGCAUGCCGACGAUCAUCGCAUCUUCUUCACCACGGAAGUGCCCAUGAAGAUAGCCAGCGGCUUGCAGGAGCAGACCAGCUCCGAGUCCAGCUCCUUCGAGGAGGCCCCGGCCACGACGCCAGCCACAAAAAAACCCACAGUGAAGCCAAAGCCAAAGCCCAAGCCGAAGCCCGUGCCUCAGUUGGCGGAGACCAUGAAGCGACCCAUCCACCAGCAGCAGCAACAGCAGCAGCAACAGCAGCAGCAACAGCAGCAACAACAGCAGCAGCAGACAGCGAAACCUCAUCCUCAGCCGAAGCCUACGAAUGUGCACCAUCACAAUCAUCUCAUACUGGACGGAGGAGAGUUCACCCACAGCGACAUCACCCAUCCGGGAGCCGAUGCCGAUCUCGUCGAGGAUCUGCAGUUCUCCACCGGCUACGGACCUCAGCCUCUAUACGCGGAUCCGCCACAACAGGUGAAACAGCAGCAGCCGGCAGAACAGAGCUACAUUUCCAAGCGGCCAGCAGCAGGCACCACAGUUUCCUCGAUCACCACCUACGUGGACUCCAUCGAGUCGAUCAUCCUGCAGCUGAACAACACCAGCCAUGGACUCAGCUACAAUGUCGUCAGCCAGCAGACGUCCACGUAUGGCUAUGGAGGCCAGACUGCGGCUCAUAGCGAGGCUCCAGCAGAGGCGAUCACUGCCCAACCACCGCCUCCCAGCUACUACCAGGAGAGCGCAGCCAGUGAGGCAGAAAAGGUCCAGGACUACGGCUACACGACUACAAUCAACUACGAUGCCAUCUACGACAAGGUGUCCGAGGAGCUGGAUGCAUUCGCAGCAGCCAGCCAGUCGGCUGAGUCGCAAACAGAGCGUCCCGGCUACGGGGAGAACACCUCCGCAGUGUUCGAGGAUCACACCAUGCCCGCCAAUAGCUACCACGAUGCCUUGGCUGAUGCUGCUCCCCAGACCUCAGAGUUCAACAAGAUGCCCGUGCCGGUCAUGGGCGUUGCCUAUCCCGUGGACAUGUCCUACAUGGAGGAGGAAGAGAACGAGGCAGCGGCAGCAGGCGGCUACGGCCAGCUGAGCAGCGGCUCCUACGAGGCGAACACCGAGUCCAACUAUCAGAAGCUGUCCACUGUCCAAACGGAGCAGCCCCAGCCCGUCCCCACCUACGUGCGCCCCACGACCAAUGCCAACAAGCCCAAUCGUCCCGUUGCCUCGUACAUCGGCAUGGUCACGAUGCAGAACUACAACCAGCAGCAGCAGCACCAACAGCCAUCGGGAGGCGACCAAUACCAAUCCCAGCUGCCCGCGGAGGUGUCUGUGUCCUCGCACACCACAAAAGUGCAGGAGCAGUACGACGAGACCUCGCACGGCUAUCAGCCGCAGACGACCACGCCUGGUUAUGCCUCCUCCACCCAACUGGCAGCCCAGUUGGCCUCCCUGCCGCAGCGUCCGCAGUGCGACAGUGUCCUGGAAGAUACUGCAUCCUCGGAGCGUCCCGUGCUGAUCACGGCCAGUCCCAGACCCCGGCCCAAGCCUAGCACAAAGCGGCCGGGCGUGAAGCGACCCAUCAGCCAGGAGAACCCCAAAAAGAAGCCACAUCCCCAGGCCAGCAGCAGCUACGAUUCCGGAGAAUCACCCAUCACGCACAUCCAGAUCAAGAAACCCUCGUCCAGCUACAACAAGGACCAGGAGACGCAACAGUCUGGCUAUCCCAGGCCAGCAGUCGGAGCGGGCUACGAUCAGACCACAGCAUCGACGACAGUGACCAGCUACGAUGAGCCAGCACGUCCGGGCAUCAACUAUGAUCAGCCAGAUCCACCCUCGGCUCCAGCCUCCGGCUCCGGCUACGAUCAGCCAGAGGCUCCAACCUCCAGCUACGGGCAAGGCCAACCAGCGCCAUCCCUGAGCUACAAUGAGCUGUCGGUGGCCAGUUCUCCGGGUCGCCAGCCCUCCACAUCGAAGCCGAUUGCCACCAGCUAUGUGACCGGACCCAGCACUCCCCGUCCGCCUGCCACCGUGGACUACCACUACGACAACGUUCCGCCCCUGUUCAUGGCCGACGACAAGUUGGACGCGUUCAUCCAGAGCACGGUGGAGAAUAUUGUGGGCUCCACACCGGGCAACUAUCGGCCGCCGCUGGUGGCAACUGCAUCGACGCCAGCCUACGCACAGCGACCCACAAGCAGCAGUGGCACCUACGGAGGCCACAAGAAGCCUGGUUUCGUCCAGAUCAAUGGCUCACCGAGACCGCCGCGUCCGACGGUGCUGAUCACGCCCAAGCCCAUGGCUAUCAACAACCUGGCCUCCACCACAGGGGGCUCGUUUGUGUACAACCAGAUAGUGACCCGACGACCAGGAGGUGCACCGGUUAGCUCCAACGACUUCGAGGAUCCGGGCUACUUUGGCGGCAGCCCCGCGCACGUGUCCUUCACGCAGUCCUCAACGGAAUCGUCUUACGCCGUGCCCUCAGACGACAAGCCCGCUUUCCCAGGAUACUUCGGGCCAACGCCUUCGUAUCCGGCCUUCUCGGUGCCCGGAGAGAAGGUGGGCCAGAAUGUGAUGGAGGAGACCUACACCUCGCCGAACGAUUUUGUCAACUUCCCGCCGGUGCGCAACCCGAAUCUGAACAUGUCCGCCGCCUCCAGCGCCGUGACCAGUGACCUGGAUCUCUCCACGCCCGCCUUCGUCGAGGAUGUGGUGCUGAAGGACAAGAUGCACACGCUGGUCCACAAGCUGGUGGCCUCGCUCCAGGGCAACUCCGAGGCUCUGGCCGACAUGAUUGACGAGCCUACGGGCAACAACUCCGCCGCCACGUAUCAGGCGGGAGCUGGGGCUGGAGGAGCAACCACUGCCACCCGCAAGCCCACGCGAAAGCCCGUGAGAGUGGCCUCCACUGCCAAGCCUAAGGCCACCACCAAGAAACCCGUGACUCGAGUCUCCACCAAAGCCCCCAACAAGAAGGCAUCGGCUAGCAGCACCACCCGCAAGCCAGGCGGAACUCGGCGCACCACCCUGGCCCCCAAGACGACCGUCAGCACCAGAAAACCGGGCGCCCCGAAGAAGCCCACAAAACGCGUGAGCAGCACCGUGAAGACGACGACCGUGAGCUCGGCCCGGCCCGCCGACGAUGAGAUCGUGGACGAGGAGGACGAGGAGGAUGUCAAUCCGAAUCCCAGCGACAACGAAAUCGAUCAGGGAUCGACGCUCAGCUCCUACGGCGGAACGAAUGGCCGCAAGAUCCAAUGCGGCGUCCGACCCCACGUCAAGUCCGGCCGCAUUGUGGGCGGCAAGGGCUCAUCCUUUGGCGCCUUUCCCUGGCAGGUGCUGGUCCGCGAGUCCACCUGGCUGGGCCUGUUCACAAAGAACAAGUGCGGCGGUGUCCUGAUCAACAGUCGCUAUGUCGUCACCGCUGCCCAUUGUCAGCCUGGCUUUCUGGCCUCUUUGGUGGCCGUCAUGGGCGAGUUCGAUAUCUCCGGCGAUUUGGAGAGCAAACGUUCUGUUACCAAGAACGUGAAGCGCGUCAUCGUCCACCGUCAAUACGAUCCGGCCACGUUCGAGAACGAUUUGGCUCUCCUGGAGAUGGACAGUCCUGUGCAGUUCGAUACCCAUAUAGUUCCCAUUUGCAUGCCCAAUGAUGCGGCGGACUUCACUGGACGCAUGGCUACAGUGACCGGCUGGGGGCGUCUCAAGUAUGGCGGCGGUGUGCCCUCCGUCUUGCAGGCAGUGCAGGUGCCGGUUAUCGAGAACAGCGUGUGCCAGGAGAUGUUCCACACCGCUGGCCACAACAAGAAGAUUCUCAACUCGUUCCUGUGCGCUGGCUAUGCCAAUGGCCAGAAGGACUCGUGCGAGGGUGACAGUGGCGGUCCGUUGGUGUUGCAGCGUCCCGACGGGCGCUACGAGCUAGUCGGAACCGUUUCGCAUGGCAUCAAGUGUGCGGCGCCAUACCUGCCCGGUGUCUACAUGCGCACCACCUUCUACAAGCCCUGGUUGCGCAGCAUAACAGGAGUCAAAUAA